GCACAGGUAGCCAAGAAGGUUGGCCCGCCAUCCCAUGUCCUUGGCAAAGGACAGGCAGGCUGUGUCCUUGGGAACGAAUAGGCUGUGAGUGCAAUAAUGUCCAGCAGGUGGCGCCGCAGACCCGAGGCCUUGGGCUCUCUAGCCACUCCGGGAGAGGCAAUACGAGGUCACGCUGUGCCUCUGACUUCCGCCGGGGCGAUCCACGCGGCCCAGCCCAGGGCACGCCCUUGCAAGGCAUGCUGUCGAGGUCUCGCAUGCCUACUUUCUGCCUCCUUGCGCACUAUGGUUCCCUCCCGGGUACGGACGGGAAGAUGGGUGGCAGCGGCCAGGGCGGCCCAGAGGCGCCCCCGUGUGGACAGCUUGGGACAGCCUCCGAGUCCUGAGUCUGCGAGCACGCGCGCGGCGCUUUACGUGCACUGGCCUUAUUGCGAGAAGCGCUGCAGCUACUGCAACUUCAAUAAGUACAUCCCCCGCGGCGUGGAGGAGGGGGCCAUGCGGAAUUGCCUGGUGACUGAGGCUAGGACGCUGCUGCGGCUCAGCGGGGUGCAGAGGGUGGAGUCUGUGUUCUUUGGUGGAGGAACCCCGAGUCUGGCCAGUCCCCACACUGUGGCUGCUGUCCUGGAGGCCGUGGCACAGCAAGUCUACCUGCCUGCAGAUUCCGAAGUCACGUUGGAGGCCAACCCCACUUCUGCUCCAGGCCCCAGGCUGGCAGCUUUUGCAGCGGCAGGAGUGAACAGGUUGUCCAUUGGUUUACAGUCCCUGGAUGACUCGGAGCUGCAGCUCUUGGGCCGGACGCACUCCGCCAGCGACGCCUUACAGACUCUGGCCGAGGCCAGGCUCCUUUUCCCAGGCAGAGUGUCGGUGGAUUUGAUGCUGGGGUUACUGGCACAAAAGGUGGAGCCGUGGCUUCAACAGCUUCAGAAACUGCUGUACCACUGUGACGACCACCUCUCCCUCUACCAGCUGACCCUGGAACGGGGCACUGCACUCUUUGCCCAGGUGCAGCAGGGUACCCUCCCGGCCCCUGACCCGGACCUGGCUGCUGAGAUGUACCAGGAGGGCAGGACAGUCCUUCGAGACGCUGGCUUUCGCCAGUAUGAGGUCUCUAACUUUGCCCGGAACGGGGCGCUCAGUACUCACAACUGGACGUACUGGCAGUGCGGUCAGUACCUUGGCAUUGGGCCUGGAGCCCAUGGACGAUUCGUACCCCAGAGAGCUGGGGGCCAUACCCGGGAAGCACGGAUCCAGACACUGGAGCCAGACAAUUGGAUGAAAGAGGUGAAGCGCUUUGGUCAUGGCACCCGGAAGUGCGUUCCCCUGGGCAAGCUGGAGCUGCUGGAGGAGGUUUUGGCUCUGGGGCUGCGCACUGACGUUGGACUCACUCACCGGCACUGGCAGCAGUUUGAGCCCCGGCUGACCCUGUGGGACGUGUUUGGAGCAAGCAGGGAGGUGGAGGAGCUGCUAGCGCAGGGUCUGUUGCUGCUGGACCAUAGGGGUCUCCGCUGUUCCUGGGAGGGUCUAGCUGUGCUGGACUCCCUGUUACUGAUCCUCCUACCUCAGCUCCAAGAGGCCUGGCAGCACAGAAAUCCCUCACCAGAGUCAGGAGGAUGACCAGACAUUGCUGUCUACUUGGAGGGCUAGGCAUGCCCACAUGGUGGGCAUCUGCCUGGAGGCACCAUCUCUGCCCUGAGGGGCCAUUGCUUGGCUCUGACACACCCAUGGGAAUGGAUGCGGUCAGGUGGGUGGAAGGCUGUCUCUGUCCCGGGGGCCUGGUAUUCCACACAGCAUCCCAGGGGUCACAGGUCAGCAUGUGUCCCUGACUAGGAUGUACUCAUCCCCCACUGGCUUUUGUUGGCUUUUUUGGACACUAAAUAAUAAGAAAUCUUUCUGCAGGGAAUUGUGUCUAUUGGAGAAGCCUCCCUCAUUCUAGAGGGAAGCCCUGAGUUAGUUUAUAUGAUUCAGUAGAACUAAAUCCCCCCCAGAUAUCGUAAACAAGAAGAAAUAUAGGAAUGAGAUGUUUACAAAACCAUUCGAAGGGCUGGGGAGAUGGCUCAGUGGUAAGAGCACUGUUUGCUCUUCUAGAGGACCAGGGUUCAAUUCCUGGCAACCACGUGGCAGCUCACAACCACCUGCAACUCCCAUUCCAGGGCAUCUGGCACCCUCUUUUGACCUCUGCGUAUACCAGACACCUACGUGGUGCAUAGAUAUUCAUCUAGGCAACACACUUAUAUGCAUAAAAUAAGAAUAAAUUAACCUAAAAAAUAAGAUUUUUAUUUAAGGCCAUUUGUUGCACAGAAAUGUAACCUAUACUCUGGGUAUGCCUCAUUGUUUCCCAAGGGUUGAAUUCAGGUUCAAAGUUUUAAAAAUUAUUCUAAUUUUUAUUAUUUUUUUGGUUUUUCAAGACGGGGUUUCUCUGUGUAGCCCUGGCUGUCCUGGAACUCACUCUGUAGACCAGGCUGGCCUUGAACUCGCAGAGAUCUGCCUGCCUCUGCCUUCCAAAUGCAGGGAUUAAAGGCUUCCACCAACACUGCCCCAACUUUUAAUUUUUUAAGAUGUGUUCAUGUGUGUGUGUGUGUGUUUAUGCGUGCACGCACAAACACACACACACACACAUACACACACACACACACCGAUGGAGCCAGAGGAGAGUGUUAGAUCCUCUGGAAAUGGAGUCAUGGAGGACUGUGAGGAGUGAGGUUUUCUGAGCACUACACUCCAGUCCUCUGGAAGAUCAGGGAGCACUUUCUCCCGCUAAGCUAUUUCUCCCGCUCCUAUUUUUAAUUUGAAAAAUUGUUUGUUUGUUUGUUUGUUUGCUUCUGAGACGGUGCCAUAUGUACCUGAGUCUGCAAACUCAGUGUGUAGCUGAAGAGAAUGCCUAGCCUGUGAUCCUCCUGCUCCUGCCUCCCACGUGCUGAGAUCGCAGGCAGGCACCACCACACCCAAUAGUCUUGAGGUUCUGGAGUUCGUGUUCUGAGGCAAACACCACCACCCGUAUCUCCAGCCCUAUCAGGCUCAGAAUUUUUUUUUAAAUUUAGAUUUAUUUAUGUUACUAUAUAAGUUUAAGUAUUUUGUGUGCAUGCUUGAAUGUGCACACUAGUGUGUGCCCAUUUGAUACCCUGGCAUUGGCGUUGUGGAUGGUUGGAAGCCACAGUGUGGGUGCUGGGUAUUGAACAUGGGUCCUCUGCCAGAUAAACAAGUGUCCUUAACUGUUGAGCCAUCUCGCCAGCCCCGAGGGUUCAGUACUGCACAGCUGCGUCUUUUCUUUGAAAUUAAGGAACGCAUCAUCUGUGGCAUGACACUGUGAGACCAAGUGUCCCAUCGCCUGGUUAUCAUUUGACCGGCGAUUUUAGCAUUUACUAGUGAUUCUUUGCCAAACCAUGUUUAAAAUUUACAUUUGUAUUUUUAAACAAUUACUUAUGUAUACAAUUGCUCUAUCUGCAUGUAUACCUGCAGGCCAGAAGAGGGCAUCAGAUCAUACUAUAGAUGGUUAAGGGCCACCAUGUGGUUACUGGGAAUUGAACUCAGGACCUUCGAAGAGCAGCUAGUGCUCUUAGCUGCUGAUCCAUCUCUGCAGCCUAGCCAAAUCAUUUCUUUCUUUUGUUUUUUAUUUUGUUUGUUUGUUUGUUUUUGUUUUUUUUGUUUUUUUGAGACAGGGUUUCUCUGUGUAGCCCUGGCUGUCCUGGAACUCACUCUAGACCAGGCUGGCCUCGAACUCAGAAAUCUGCCUGCCUCUGCCUCCCAAGUGCUGGGGUCAAAGGUGUGCACCACCACUGCCUGGCUGCCAAAUCAUUUCUUAAAUUGAGGAUCGCAAAGUAUUGGUUUUUGAUUCUAUUAUUUCUUCCAAAUUAAUUAUUUUCCAUCUCCCCCAUAAAAAAGAACUUUCCUCUGUUACGUUACAAUGCUAAGAAUCAGACCUAUGGCCCUGCUCAAGCCAGACAACUUCUUUCUCUGGUAGGUUCAGAAGUCUGUACAUCCCUAGCCCCGUACCAGGCUCAUCCCAGCCCACAGACCGGAGGUUGUCAGACUCCCAGGACGUGGGAGGGCAGCCGUAACUCUAGUCACCAUAGAUGUUUAGUCUCAAGUAGAAGUGGCCCUGCUCUUCAGAGUGACAUAUUUCUUCCUGAUAAUUCAACACCUUCUUUCUCCUCCCCUGCUGCCUGCAGGGGAAUCAGAGACAGCCUGGUUAUGUGAAACCUUCCCCUUCCACUGAGACCUAUAGGAAGGGACCCCCCCCACUCUACCUUGGGGGCCUUGAAUCCUCUUCAGCACUGCAGCCAUAUUGUCUAAGUGUCUAUGGCACUGGGGCCUGAUCACUCGUGCUACUGCACACUGUGCUGCUGCGAUCUUGUGUGUCUGAGACAUUGAUAUUUCUUUUAAUAAAUCUCU